AUGAUGAUGUCCGUCAGAGAGAUUGGUCUUAACUGGUUGCACGAAUUUAAUGGUGAUUCUUUAGGGAGUGGUAAUAAAUUAGCGGAUUUCCAUUUCUGAGGUACUUUGCUGGUUUUUAGUGACUUGUUAAAAAUUUCUGUGACAAUAGGAGCUAAUUCAAUAGCAAACGAUUUCCAAAACCAAUAUGGCAGAUUGUCCGGACCCGAUGAAGAGCGUUUUUGAUUGCGUAAAAGAUGUUGAACUUCAUGAAUUGACAACAAACGAAUUCUUGUUCCUUCGGAGAUUCGUAGAGGCUCGGGAGUCGUAUAAUUUGGGUCUGUAUUCACACUUUGAAAAUAUUUGUUAAUUUCAAUAGGGUUAAGAGAAGCACUUACAGAUACAUCAUGUUUCUUUUUUCUCGAUGUAAUGCUAUUUACGUUAGACCACCAACUUUUCGAUCCAGUUUUCUGGUUGCCAAACUCCUGUUUGACUGCACUUAAUUGAUUUUCCCGAAUUAACUUGUUGAUUUUUUCUUGCAAUCGUGUAUUUGCUUCAGUAUUUCCGUUUUGUAUGGCUCUUUUCCUUUGAUUCAGAAGGUGGUUCACAAGAGGAGACAUGAACGGAGGGUCGCGUGAUGACGUUCUGACCUUAAUUAGUGGGAAGCUCUUAUCGAAUUUUGGCCAUAUUAUUUCAUAAAAUUUUAGGGUUAUCUCAUCUAGGUUAUGGCUAUUCAUAAUUAUCGUGUUCCAAUCAAUAGAUUCAAAUUCACGAAGCAUAUUCAAUUGAUGAUGUUGUCUCACAUCUCUGAAAUAGGAAUUUGUCCUUGUUGCUUUAACUAUGUUUCGGGGGUAUGUGAUAACCAUAUCAUGGUCGGAUCUCACCAAGCUUUUUACAACUUUAACAGAUUUCCAAUAGUUUGGGACAUUUGUAAUAAAGACAUCUAAUAUUUUUAACCCUCUCGUAGGGGUCUUAACGAGUUGGGUAAAUGGAAGUUGAUUAAGAACAGAUCGAAUGUUUAAAUUGUUAAUGUCACCAGCAAUUAUUAUAUUUGAAUUCGGUUUAGAUAACAAUAGUUGUCCGCACGAGUCAAUAAGGAAUUCGAUAAGGUCUUGCUCAUUAUACUCAUAGUUAGGUGGGUGGUAAAUAGUUGCAACAAAGAAUUCAGAGUUUUGUGUAAUAAUUUUUGUCCAUAAACAUUCGAAUGGAUUAUCCAAAUCAGGUAGUAGCUGCAUUCUCCAAUCAUUCCUGCAUAAGAUCGCGACACCUCCUCCUCCACAGUUUGUUCUAUCCUUUCUAAUGAUGGAAAAAUUGGGAGGACAAACGAGGGAGCUAGACGAUGCAAAAACCUCCAGUUUCCGUGAGGAGAAUAGGGAUGAUUCCUACAGGAAAAGGAAGAGACAGUUAGAUGAACUGAGCACAUUUGGAAAAUUUGAUGACAUAAAGAUAGAAUACGUCAGAAGGUUUUUUCAAACUGAGUACCGAAUAGAUCCGACCGACGGACGAAACUCUAAGGAACUUAUCUCCAGUUUAGACAUCACUAAAAAUAAGUUAAUAUUCAAUGGGGCUGAUGUCGCAUACAUUGAUACGGGUGGUAACUACCAAAAGUCUUAUAGUAAGAAAAAUAGUGCAUCAUUAAGAAGAUUUAUUAAUUUAUACGAAAAAGCACUCGCCGAACACAGGGAAAGAGCCAGAAGUGUAGUUGAAGAGGAAACCGGAGGAGAGGCAUCAGGAGAAAACGUGGAAGAGAUUUUCGAAGACGCUGAGGAGGAAUUCCACCAGGAAGCUACCGACACGGGCGACACCCUUGUGGAACAUGCAAGGGAAUUAGAGGAAAGGGGGAAAAUAACCAUACAGGAGAGAAGGGAAUUUGCGGGAGUAACCGCUCCCAAAGGACCACCCGAAGUCAGGAUUAAAGCCUUAAGGGAACAGAAGAAAGUAUUCGAAACCAACAUAGAACUCGAAACAGAUCCCGAAAGACGGCAGGUUAUGCAGGAGGGUAGGGACGUUGCCGAACAGGCAUCGAUGACGCUAGACUAG